CUCUAUGGUGUUGAUGAAUUCUUUUGUACUGACUUGUAGACCGAAUUUUCUGGUGAUUGCCUUUCUACUCGGAGAGUUAACCAGCUGAAAAAAUCCACUGUGAUUACAGACUCAUCUAUAUUCAUGAAAAUUUCUGUUUAAGACAGGAUCUUUUGAAAAUCCCGACAGUUCUGCUAUCUUCAUUUGUUCUCUUACUCAGAUGACAGACAUGAUUCUUAGGACUUGGAUUUUUGUAGUUUACCUUUUCCUAGAUGAAGUUGUUGGACAAAAUCAACAAAGUGUCGACAAGAAGGAAAGUAGACAACAGUCAAAAAAUUCAAAUGCAUCUCGGAAGGAGUAUUGUAAACCAACACCAGCCGAUAUUUAUGGUCCAUACUAUAUAACACAUUCAAAUAGAUUAAUUCAGUACUGCACCGGAAACCCACGAAGUUACUACAACCGCACGCUUACAGUUCAUGGACAUGUGCUCGGCGAGGAUUGUAAGAUUAUUCCGGAUACAAAGAUAGAAAUCUGGCAGGCUGACGUUAACGGGAAAUAUCACAGUAAAGAUUGUCGUGGAUACAUCAUCACAGACAAAAACGGGUAUUACGAGUUCACAACUGUACAUCCAGGCAGAUACUCCAUUAUACAAGGACAGACAUAUACUCGGCCCCGUCAUAUUCAUUUUAAAGUACAUGGUGGACUGGAUCAUAUGGGGGUGGUAACCCAGAUGUACUUCAAAGGUGAUCCAUACCUAGGUAUGAAUGAUGGAUGUAGGGGUUGCUCUUCAGGAAAGGACCAACUUCAAACUAGGCCGGAACUUUUCUGCGAUAACAAUCUUUGUAUAAUCACUGUAAAAUUCGAUAUUGUCUUACAGACUAAGCCACAUGGUCAACAUUCACGUGAUAUGUUUAAUGUACUUAAUCGAAAAAAGUGACCAAUUAUUUUCAAGAAUUCUUAACAAUGGAGAAAGCUGUAAAACAAUCUGCAAUA